UAAACAACCAACAAUCAAUACUCAAAUUUACCAAACAUCUCCACAAACAGGUGGUUUUUUCAGCUAGCUUAAAAGCCAACAAAAAUAACCAACAUUUACAGUUGGUCAAACAAGCCAACCACCAACAGUCAAUUGCCAAACACUCCUUAAUCAAAUUUUUUAGUGGCGUGGCAGGUUUGUGCAAUGUCAAAAAUCAUAAUUGGCUACAUCCUAACAAGCUGAUUUGUAAGAACCAAAGUCAACUAGUCAACGUUCUUAUACUGCAAUUCAAACAAGCUAUAAUCUAAUACUCCAAGUCGAAUUUUUCAGAUAUAUCUUGAAAUUAGUGUUUUUCAUCAAUCCAACAAAAAAAAAAAAGAAAAUGAGUCUGGAAGUAGGAGUGCUUACUGUUCUCCAAGAAACAAUGAGAAUCCCCUUCAGAAACAAACUCUUCACCAGUUUUAUCAUUCUUACAUCCCUCCCUUUUCUACUCCUUAUGAUUUACUUAGAAAUUCAUUUUGAAAGAUCAUCAACUAAAGUUUUAAAAUUCUUAGCUCCUUCCCCUUAUCAUCAGAAAUUAUGGGGUUCUGUUCUUUCAUAUCUUCUGCCUGAUUUGAAUAAGGAUUACCCUCUUGAUGACUUUAUCAUUCUUCCCUUUCUACCUUUAAUCUACCUUUUCCUCCUUCAUGUACUAGAUUUUCUUGUCGCAAUCCUUACCAUUGAUUUCUCCUCGAGUAUACUUCAAUACAAAAAUGAUCGUAACCCAAUUGGUCUCCAAGACAAGAUCUUAAGACAAUCUGUGAUCGGAAACAGGGAAAGGUUGAAAGGCUUGUUUGUUACAUGUUUGUUUGCUUUGUUACUUUCGACUUUUUUGUUGUUGGGGUUCAUUCUGUUACCCUUAAGCUACUUCGGCUUUUGUGAUAGUUUUUAUUACCUGAUUUCUACAGUAGUUUAUUUACCUGUUUUUAUUAUAUGCUUUCCUAAGUACUUGGAGCUGAAUGUUGUUUGGAAUAUGAGUUUGGUGCUUUCUGUUUGGCAAAAAGUUCAUGGGAUUGAUGCGUUCAGCCUUUCGUUUUACCUGUGCAAAGGGAACGAAAAGGUUGGUCGAAGGUUAAUGCUCAUUUUUCUUGUUAGUGGUUUCGGUCUGAGGAUUUCUCGGGUUUUUUUCGAUGAUGGAGUGAUCGGAGUUAUAAGUCGGACUAGCUUGUUAUGGUUAGCAAUUUUGAUGAAGUGGGUGGUGUGUGUGAUAUACUAUCAUCAUUGUAAACAGAGUAAGGGAUUGGUAGCAGAGAUUGAUGAGGAAGUAGGAGGGAUGGCUACUUGUAUUGAAGGACAAGAAGAGAAUUAUUGUCAAAGUAAAUUAGCGGCAACUAAGGUUUCCGGUUCAGGGUUCAGGGAAGGUGCAAUUGUCGAUCUAGCUCAAGACAAAGACAUAGACUAAUCCAACAAAAUCGGGGUUGAGGUUCCGGGAACAGGGUUGAAUGAAGAAAGUGUAACAGCCAAUUCUGCUGUUGACGGAGACAAGGUAGUGUCCAACAGAAACAUAACUUAAAGCUUCGGCUUUUCACUCGUAUCACUUUACUCCUAUUUGCACAUUUAUGUAUCAUCAAAAAAUCUACCUGAAGUUCAGUUUUUUAUUUUUUUUUAUUUUUAUUUUUUUAUUUUUUAUUUUUUUAUUCCUAGUAUCCUCUAAUUCCAGACAUAUAUUCUAAAAUUUAUAUUAUAUUGAAUCACAGGCUGAUAGCCUUUGUGUCGGUCUUACAAGAAUACGACCAACUAUUCCGGGGGAUGAAAGAUUACCUUUUUUCUUCCACACGAGUGUCCAGUCACCAUAGUUAUUUAACUGCAGAACUGAAUUCACUUAAGCACAAGUUACCUGCUGGUUUAACGGAAACUUCAUAUAAUCAUGAGAAUAAUAA